AUGAUUCAGCUGUGGACGUCCUACAACUGCGGUCAGCAAGGUCACGUCUCCUCGGACUGCACGAACGAGGCUGUGCCCAAGACGUGCUUCCGCUGCAACGAGGCUGGACAUGUGUCGCGUGACUGCCCGAACGCAGCCUCUAGUGCUCCUGCGCCUGGUGGUGAGUGUUACCGAUGUGGCGAGACGGGCCACAUCGCUCGUAUGUGCCCGAAGGCCGGUAGUGCGCCUGCGCGUGGCGGUCGUGCGUGCUACAACUGCGGUGGCUUUGGUCACAUCUCGCGUGACUGCCCUUCGGCGCCUGGUGCCAUGUCGUCGGCGGGCCCGAAGUGUUACAACUGUGGCCAUCUCGGCCAUAUCUCGCGCGACUGCUCGCAGCCACCGCAACGUUCGUGCUACACCUGUGGCUCGAACGACCACCUGGCUGCGCAGUGCCCACAGGCUGCGGUGUAA